CUGGCUUAAGUCGCUGAAACAUGGUGUGUGGAGGGAUGUCGAUCUUCUUCCGAUUGGUGUUGUUGUGUGCAGGGAUAGUUGGCAACCAGGCUUGUGAUCCAAACUUCUGUAAAACCCGGGCUCAUGGCGAGCCGUACUGUGACCCUGCAGAUAACACAUCACAUUAUGUGUGCGACAAUGGCGUUGCUAAACACUCAACAUGUCAACCCGGACUUGUUUACCGUAUUGACUACUGUGCAUGGCCUCAUGAAGGGGCCUGUGUCCCUAAUCCCGUCCCCGACACGUCGAAUGGAGUUGUGGUAAACGGCAUAUGUCAGUCUUCCGGUCCAACCGGAAGUACCCAAGCCACAUUACAAAACACAGAAAAUGCAGUUCUCUGGCAUCUGUACAGGAGACAUCGUCAUCUGAAAAGUUCCUGCACGGUCCACCAAACAUUGAUUACAGUCACGUCUACACAAUGUGCCUCCUUUUGUACACAAACCAACGGAUGUACAGAUUAUAACAUAUCCAUUCUCGGGGAUCGUUAUGAAUGUCAACUCCUAGCAUGCUUGAAUGACUUUCUUCUUGACAGUUCUCUCGAUCACGACUUCUACGAACAGAUAUAAUACUUCACUGACUGCAUACUUUAGGAAGGCCCUUUUCGGUAUGAAAAUGAAUCCAAGAAAGCAGUUCACACUAUCUGAAUAAACCCCAAAAGCUGUUAAUUAAAUGAUCCAAACAGGAAAUACUUAUAGGCCGUCAUACUGAUUCGGUGCGUACUGACCCUUUCAGCAUUCUGGGUUAUAAUUGGUCCCGAGGAGCCUAUGUUGAACGUAUGAAUUAGUUGGGGAUGCGACAGACCAGAGCGGAAUUUGUAUUCUAAACAAAUCACACGUAGUGACACAGAGAACAUACAUGAUUACAACAUAUAUAACCACAUGA